AUGGAGCAGGAUACACCACACCUUGCCCCAAGCAGUUCAUUCUUAGCCGACCAAGAGCACUAUGAGUUGCAACAGCGAGUGGAAGCCGCUGCUAGUCAUGUUCUCAUGAAUUAUGACCGUAUAAUGAACCUACCAGAUGUACGCGUAGAUAUCGAAUCGUCUGAAAACGCUUCGGGUGAUCAUGAUCAAUCUUCGCAAAGUACAUCUGCAGGGAAUCGCGAUCAAGGUGAUGACAAUGUGGAAAACUGGUGUAAUAUUCGUGAUCACUUCUUCAAUUGUAAUCGUGGAUUAAUUCUAAAAUUUUUAAUUUCGGGUGGUGCUCGUUCAUCUCAGUCAGUCCGUGAAGCAGCCGACAGAUUACGUGGAGAAUACGUAAGACUUCAGCAGACGAUCAAUCAGAAUCAAGACGCGCAAACCUUGUGCACGAUGGUGGCCGCUAUUGUUCCUUUCGUUCUUUUAUUCAUCUUCAAGAUGGUGUUCGAUAACUUCUUAUCGAUAUUCCGCAUAGUUACUGCUGUAGGAAGCUUUAUCACGGUUGAUUCACGAGUUCAGCAGUUGUUCACGGCAGCGCGUCCGUCCAAAAGUUUGCGUAUCACGUCGGUUCUAGUGUUUGUCGUCUUGUUCUAUUUCACUUCUGGGCUAUACAUUUAUGAUGAUGGUUUUGAAAUGACUAAAGCACUUCUUCUUCGAUAUGCGGGUGUUGUUUACCAUAGCUUCUUCUUCACUCUUUUUGUUCUCAUCAUCACAGAUACGUUCGUGAAAAUGGUGGUCUGCGGUUCUAAGAUGAUUGUCUCAUUAUCUGGUUUAAGCAUGGGCAUGAAAAGGAAGAUCAACCAAUUUCUGGAGUACACAUCGCAGAUGUACCGCUGCGUAAUACCUGCUCCUCAAUGGGUGCACUAUUUCCUCGGAGCAGAAGUUGUGGGCUUCACUUUCUACACUAACAGCAUCCUACUGUUCUUGUACGGUAUCCUUAAGGUCCGCGAGCUAUGGGUCCUAGCCCAGCUUACAAUUAAAUGUGCCGCGAGAAUGGUCUAUUCAACCCCGUAUGGUGUUACCCCUAGUCGGGAAGAAGUCGGGAAAGAGCUCAUGUGUUCUAUCUGUCACGGAGACUUCUCAUCACCCACAAAGUUGAGUUGUUCGCAUAUCUUCUGUGUAUCUUGCAUUGACACGUGGCUUGAAAGCGAAAACACAUGCCCCAUGUGUCGUGCGGUAGUAGAGAAGAAGGAUAACUCGUGGAAAAGUGGUGCCACAAGUAAAGGAAUCCGUCUUUGCUAG